UUCCUGGCAGCCUCCGUGCUGGCUUUGCCUGGAUGCCUGAAGGCACCGGCCGGGGCGUUGCAAUGGCGACGCGUUCGGGCAGCCAGGCGUAAACCCGACCGAAGACUCAAAAGGCAGGGCGGCCCGGCCCGCCACGUCACACCGGUCGGAGCGGGGCGGGCCGGGGCGGCUGGGAGGCGUCCUCGCGUCCGCUCGCCGGGUGGCGAGUCCAUUCGGGGCAGGGAAGGAAGUGACGCGGCUAUGGCGGAGCUCUAUAUCAAGCCGGGGAACCGGCAGCGUGGCUGGAACGACCCCCCUCAGUUCUCCUAUGGGCUGCAGCAGUGCCAGACCCCGCGGGACGGGGCGGCCAAGCGGGGGCCCCUCGCGCGACGUGUCGCCGCCGCCGCCGCCCCCGGAGAUGACCCGGCAACACCUCCUCCACCCUCCUCGCAACCCCCUCCGCCAGUUCAGCUUCCAGCCUUCCCACCACACACUGUAGAUCUGCCUCCUCCACCUGGCCUUCCAGCCCCUUUUUUGGGGACAAAUGCCACAAAACCACCCAUCUCUGAGGCAGAAGUGGACUGUAGUGUCGAAGAUGUUCUUUCCCCCUUGAGUGAGGCUUUGGACCACUGCAGGAAAUCUGUGCAGAAACAGGUUUGUGAUGAUAUCAGCAAGCGCUUGGUCAUUCUGCAGCAAAUGUGGACACAAGGCAAACUCUCUGCUCCUGUGAGAAAGAGGAUGCAGAUUCUGACACAAGAACUCAAGAAUAAGCACUGGGAUGCAGCUGAUGAGAUCCAUCGCUCACUAAUGGUGGACCAUAUCACUGAAGUAAGCCAGUGGAUGGUGGGAGUCAAAAGACUCAUUGCAGAAACAAGGAACUUGCCUACAGAGGAUCUAGCAGAUGAGCAGAAAAUUGAAAACUGUCUGGAGCCUGUACAUCAGGAAGAUUAAUCUGAGCCCAAGGACUCAGUAGUGUAAGACUGGCUUUCAGCCUGGAGAUAGCUUGGCCCAGUGAGGCUUGGUUUCCUAAUUUGCAGAAAAGCUGCUUCAUAUCAUAAGCAUUAGCUAACUCAAGUUAGCUUUUGCUAAACUGAGCAAAGCUUGACCAAGGAGAAGCUUUCAGGCAAGCCAGAUCAAUCUGAACAGCUUUCUGAAAUCCAGUAACUGGAGUUAAAAAUGCCAACUUGUUCUACGUAUGUUUGUGAAAAAUGAAAUGGACAGAGAUACAAUUGCACCAUUGUACAGUGAUAAAUGAAUUGUGAAAUAUCAUCACAGCAAAUGUAGUGUUGAAACUGUAGUGUUGCAUGUAGAGCUACUGCAAAAGCUGUCUCUGACUUUACUUUCAAAUAAUUCUUCAUUCAGAACUUUCCUCUUUGUUCUGUGCAGGAUGUGCACUCUACAAUGGAUAGCCUUCUUUUGCUCCUCUGAGGAUGGGGUAUAGGUAAAAAAUGUAACAAUUUAGACCAGUUCUUCCUGAAGUGGCUACAACACAGAGAAAUCUGCUUCCAUCUUGUUUGGGAAGUCUAUAUUAAAGCAGAUACUAAAAUUAACUGUGAUCUUUCUUGUCCAUCCCUUUGAUCCAGUCAGUUGCCUUUUUUGUGUCCUUUCCUAUGCCCUGUAGUACCUGAUGAAAUUAGACAAUAACUACAAUCCACCUGCAGUUCAAUACUAGAUGAAUUUUAAUAGUUUGCAAACUAGUGUUGAUAUGUUAAAAAUGUUAAUAAAUAGUUUUGUUAACUAUG